AUGUCGAAUACUCCAUGGAGCACGGGUAACAUCACGCCUGAAAUGGCACCAAACAGCCGCCAUUCUGGUUUUGUGGCGCCGGUUGUUGAUAAUCAGCCAAAUCUUGAUGAAUAUACCUCAAGGCAGCUUGGUAAGUGUUUUAUUUUGGUGUUUUUGAAUUUUUAGAUUGUUUAUGAGAUGUUAAGAAGAUGGAGGGAUGAAAGAAAGGUUCGAAAAAGGGGUAAAAUGAGCUAAACGAUGUUGUUAUACUUAAAAUUUGAUGUCUGUUGAAGAAGUUUGAAAAUUUUAAAGGUUUUUAGAUCUUUUUGAUUCGAAGUUUACUUGAGUUUGUUAGGUCAAUGUAUUGGCCAUCUUUUUCAAUAAUUUUUACUUAAAUUAAGCUUUGGAAUUAAAAGGAAACAUGAGUUAUAUUGUUUUAUGUGUACCACGUGCAAUUUUUGAAAUUUUCAGUAAAGAAAGAUGUUAUUAAAUUAAAAAAAAGGUAGGAUAUUAAAACUUAAGGUUUUCUACACAUUUUAAGCUUAAAAAUUAUUAUUUUAACAAAUGAAUCCAUUUUAGACAUUCGAAGCAAGCUCCUCAACCUAAUACAACAACAGAACUUGACCGCGCUGGAAGCGGAAAGUCUUCGAAACGUGCUGGACAUUGUGACAUUUUUUACUGACGAUUGUGUUGAUCAAUAUAAGGUAGGUUUCUGCUUUUAAUUAAGCCGAUAUUUAAGUUUAUUUAGCUUUUUCGGUAUUUCACUAGACAUUUGGUGGAAAUAUUGUUGAAACUCUGUGUUAUAGCUUUAUUUUUGAGUUUUUAUGAGGAAAUGCUAUGUAAAAAUAAAGUUAAAUGUCUUUAUUAUGUUUUGUGAAGAUUUGAUAGCGCUGGGAUAUUGUUUUAGUGCUUCAAAUUGAUAUUGUUUUAGACGUAUGUUGAUCCAGUGGAAUAUCCAGAACUACCUCAUCUUAAUCCAGUUUCUCAAGUAAACAGCGGGUCAAAUGAUUACCAGAGUAUUACUGUAAGUUUUUCAGAACAAAAUUUGUAAAAUAAUUUUGGUUUUUGGUAGAAACUUUCUUUACAGACAUUUUCCAGGACUCAAGCUCAAAUUUGCUGCCAAAGUGAAACAAUGCCUUUUAAAAUCUACUGAUCCAAAUAACAAUAGUAAUGGUACUAACAAAAAUGGUACUGUCUUUGAAAAUGGUGCCAUUAGGGCUAGUGCUCACAACGAUGGUACCAUUAGGACCAGUUCUCGAACUCCAUCGACUUCAUUGUCGUACACUACAAGUCAGAAGGCUUCGGAAAUGGAAAACUUUGAUUAAAUGUUCUCAGAUGUCAUCUCAAAGCACACUGGUACAACUGGUACGUACAAUGGUACCAAUGGGGCACAAGCUCAAAAAUGGUCAAUUUUGCGACGAAAUUGAGGAAAACUAGCCAAAAAGAGGUUGAAAAUGAUGUUGUUGUAGACAAAUCUGCUGAUAACAAUAUAAAAAAUGGAAUUCAGAAGACUAUUGAUAGGAUUCCGGAGACGGGAGCAUCGAAACAAGAGAGUUGUGGGCCAGAAAUACUAAAAGGAAGGGUAAUAUGUCCAAUUUCUCUUGAUGAAGAUCUGGAAAGUGAUUGUUUUGGGGUGAAAUCGUUGAAAGAAGUGGAAGAGGAAAGACUAAUGAAGCUUCAGAAGCUUGGUAAUCAAGUUUCACUGUUUCAAGACGAAAAUCAGAAGCUAAACGAUGAGAUUCUGAAGUUGAAAGAUGACAUUUUGAAAGCUAAGGAUGAAGAUGAUGUUCAGAAGCUGAAAAAUUAUGUUUGGCGAAGGUACGGUGAGAAUCUAGGAGGGAAGGAUGAGAUUCUGGACAGGGACGAUGGAAAUAUUGAGAAGAAAGAUGAGAUUCUGAGCUUUCACGAUGAGAAAGUUAAGGAAAAUGAUAAGAUUCUGAAGUAUCAAGAUGAGAAACUUAAGGAGAAUGAUGAGAUUCUGAGGUCUGUCGAUGAGAAACUUAAGAAAAAUGAUGAGAUUCUGAAGUUUGACGAUGAGACAGUUGAGAAAAAAGAUGAGAUUCCGAUGUUUGACGAGGAGAAAGUUGAGAAAAAUGAUGAGAUUCUGAAGUAUGACGAUGAGAAAGUUGAGAAAAAUGAUGAGAUUCUGAAGUAUGACGAUGAGAAAGUGCCCGAAGUCUAUCAGAUUCUGGAUUUGCACGGUAAAAACAUACCGAUUCUGGGUGACAACAUGGAUUUGCACAGUGAAGCUUUAUCUUCUACGAACGUGCACGGUGAAGCUUCAUCUUCUACAAAUUCUAAUGACAAAGUCAAAGUUCACAGUGACAACACAGAUGCCCUGAUUGGUUACUUAAAGGAAUGCCGAGCAAAGGACGAUGAAAUAUUGGCUUCUGGAGCUUUAGCAACCAUUAAUGUAGCUACACAAACUUCAGAUUUCAGAGAUAUGAAGAGAAGAAGCAUUGGAGCUUGUAGCAUUAGCACGGUACGGUCAGAAGUCAGUAGUAGACCAAGAACGGCAGAGCCAGAAGUCAGUAUUAGCCCAAGAACGGUAAGGCCAGAAGUCAGCACCAAGUCAAGCACGGUACGACCAAAGGGUAGAAAUACGAGUACAGUACGAUCACGUCAUGACAGUACCUCCAGUACGGUAAAAUCAGGAGUCAGUAGGAAAGCAUCAAGCGACUUCUACACUACUGAUGCCACCGUGAGCUCAUGGGCAAGUUAUAGCACGGUGGAUGGGCUUCAUGGGACGAAGAAUGAUGGUACGAUAGAAGAUUCAGAAGAAGGUACGAAGAUAGGGGUUGUUAUGUUGGGUUCUACUGUGAAGUAUAGCGAAGAUACGAUGAUAAAUGACAGUAUGGUUGAAGAUAUGGAGCAUGAUAAUGGUAGGAUGGAAGAUACGAAGCAAAGUUAUAGUAUAGUAGAAGAUACGAAGGAUAGUGAUGGUACGGUAGAAGAUACGAAGCAUACCGAUGGUGUAGUAGAAGAUACGAAGCAUAGUGAUGUUACGGUAGAAGAUACGAAGCAUAGUGAUGGUACGGUGAAUUUUGACUUUUUUUAAAAUAUAUUAUGGUACAUAGGUCUAUUUGUGUAAGGUACGAUACAUUUAUUUGACUUUUCGUAUAAGAUAGCACUAUAUAAAGGCCUAUGUUCAAAGUAAAAGAAGGAUGAUAUUUACAUUUCAGAAGAUACGAUGAAUCAAAAUAAUGAUCUGAGCGAUAGCAUGAACACAACAGGCGAUACGAUUAUUCAUACGGAAGAUACGAUGACAAGUCAUGGUAUGUUAGUUAAUUUUUAGAAGGAAAGGGUUUUUGUUUGAAAAUACGAUGUAAAAUACGUCGUAGAGAUCUUCUCAAGGUUUUUAUUAUGUUAUAUGACAGUAAAAGGUUAUGUUUUAGGAGACACAAUAGGAAAAAAUUGGUUUUUUAGAUGAUACGAUAGGGUAAGGCUUAUGUUUUACAAGAUACGAUGGGAAAAAGUAUCUUUUUUACAAGGUACGAUAGGAAAAAGUUGAUAUAUUAGAAGAUACGAUAUGUAAAAGUUGAUAUUUUACAAGAUACGCUAUUAAAAUGAGGAUGUUUUAGAAGAUACGAUGGGGAAAAAGUAGCCUUUUUAAAUGAUACAAUAUGUAAAAGUUGAUGUUUUAGAAGAUACGAUAGGAAAAAGUGUAUGUUUUUCAAGAUACGAUGGGGGAAAAAGAUUAUAUUAUACAAGAUACGAUGGUAAAACAACUUGUUUUAGAUGAUCCGAAUCAAGAAAAUGGAGGAACGGUGAAGAACGAUCAAGAUAAGAAGCUAUAUGGUCAAGAUACGAAGCAAGAUAGCCAAGAUACGGUGAAGAACGACCAAGAUACGAAGGAAUAUGGCCAAGAUACCAAGAAUAAUGGUCAAGAUACGAAGCAAUAUAGUCAAGAUACGAAGCAAGACAGCCAAGAUACGAACCAAAAUGACCAAGAUACGAAACAGGAUCAUCAAGAUACGAACCAAUAUGACCAAGAUACGAUGGAAAACCCUCAAUCUAUCGUAACAAAGCGCUGCACCCUGGAAGAUACGAUGAAUGACCUGAACAACAUGAUGAAAGAAGCCGAUCGUAUCUGCGGAAUCGAUCACGAUACUUCAGUUGAACAGCUUUAUACCCAGCAUUACCUUGGUAGAUACAAUGGGUUGCCUGAAGGGUUAACAUCGACGGAUAUGACACACGAUGAUACGAUAAGAUAUAGUAAAGAACAACUACAUGAUAUAAGGAGAAGAUACGAUGAUGAUGAGCUACAUACAGCCAAGCUGAAAUAUAUCACAGUGGACUAUCAAACAAAGAAGAUAUUCAAAGAUACGACCAUGUUUGAAGAUACGACCAUAUAUGAAGGUACGGUUGUGGCUGGUGGUAAUCGAAGAUACGAUGAUAACUUACCAUGUCAUAGUAACGCUAAAUACGAUGAUACGAAGAUAAGUUGGGGUAGUACAUCGUCUGGUCAAGAUACGAGACGGUAUUUGAGUUACAGUACGUCCAGUGAAGAUAAGAAGCGAUCUGCAGCUUACUAUGGUAAUAAUAAGCUCAAUAUCGACUACGGUAAUGAAGAUACGAAGCAAAGUGGUAGUAAAGUUCAAGAUACGAAGCUAAGUGGUAGUACAACAGAAGAUACGAGGUCAAGUGGUAGUAGAACAGAAGAUACGAAGCCGAAUUGUAGUAAAACUCAAGAUACGAAGCAAAGUGGUAGUAAAGUUCAAGAUACGAAGCUAAGUGGUAGUACAACAGAAGAUACGAGGUCAAGUGGUAGUAGAACAGAAGAUACGAAGCCGAAUUGUAGUAAAACUCAAGAUACGAAGCCAAGCUACAGUAAAGCCAAAGAUACGAAGCCAUGUUGUAGUAAAUCACCAGAACCGAACAUAUCAUGGGGUGAUGAAUCUUCAGAUGAAGAUACGAAGCUAAGUGACGAUGGUUUUAUUAAACAUCAUCAACAUAUGAUGGAGACUAGCUACGACUACGAUCCUACAUCAAUCUGUGAGGAGAAUUCGAAUGUAAGCCAAGAUACGAUGGGUUUUGACGAUGAUUUGGAUGAAGAUACGACGGAUGAUUGUAAAUAUGGAUGUGUUAGGCAAGAUGCUAUGGUAUAUUAUGGUGAAGAAGGUGGAGAUAUUAUGGGAAGUGAAGGUAAAAGGCAAGUUACGAUGAGAAGUGAAGUUAGAAGGCAAGAUACGACGGCAAAUGAAGGUAGAAAGCAAGAUACGACGGGACAUGAAGGUAGAAGGCAAGAUACGAAGCAGAAUUAUGGUAGAAAUGAAGAUACGAAGCAUUACCGUAGUAGAAACGAAGAUACGAGAUUUCACGAUGACAGGAAUGAAGAUACGAACCCAGAAGAUGAUAAAGACGGACAUACGACGCACAACUACAGUCGUCAAGUAACCAAGAAACAAGAUACGAUGAAAAUCCAUAGUAAAAUGAUUAAUCCUUUCGAACAUACGAAUCAAGAUGGAUUUUUGUACAAUACGAACAUUGAGCAAGAUACGAUGUAUGGUAUUAGAGAUGUGUACGGUCAAGAUACGAAAAGCGAAAUGAAUAGGAAUGGUAAAGAAGAUACGGUGUACCAAGAAGAUACGGAGGAUGACUUCAAUAAUAAUCCAUUCGCAGAUACGAUGACUUGCCAUGGUAAAAAGAGAGGUUUGCAGAGACGUACGAUGAAGUAUCAUGGUGAAAACAGUAGUUCUGUUGAAGAUACGAAGUCUUGCUAUGGUAAAAACGAAAAUUCGUUUGAUGAUAGGAAGCUGUACCGUGGUAUAACAGAAAGUCCCUUCGAUGAUACGAAGCCUUACUGUAGUGAAAACAUCAGCCCAUUCGAUGAUACGAAGCUCAGUACCUCAGGCUACAAACAUAAGAAACGUGUUCGUUAUAGUACUGAUGAUACUAAGCAUGGUGAAUAUCAGUAUGAAGAUGCGAAGCAUGGUGUAUAUCAAUAUGAAGAUACGAAGCAUGGUGAACAUUAUUAUGAAGAUACGAAGCAUGGUAAGUAUCAAUAUGCAGAUACGAAGCGGCCGAACACGACUCAGGGCGACUAUGACUAUGAUGAUAUGAGGCCUAAUACCUCUGGCUACUAUGAUACGAAGCCUAGUAGACAUGGUACUGAAGAUACGAACCUUCGUGGCUACUAUGAUGAAGAUAUGAAGCCUGGUAUCACUAGCUACUAUGACACGAAGCCUAGUAGGCACAGUAAUGAAGAUACGAAGCAUAGUAGCUACCAUGAUGAAGAUAUGAAGCCUAGCUGCUACAGUAAUGAGGAUAUAAAGCCAAGUACAUCAUAUGAAGAUACGAUGUCUAACUAUUAUGAUGAAUAUACCACUCAUGGUGAUUACCACUAUGAUGAUACGAAGCAUGGUACGUACUAUGAUGAUGAUACCGCCCAUGAAGAUUACCAGUAUGACACGAAGCAUAGUAGAUCCGAGUACUGGAAAAACUACAUGUUAAACACGUACGGCUACACGGUUGAGGACGAUGAAGAGAAGAAGAAGCGAUUCAAGGAGUACUUGAAGCAGAGAAGAGAAGGCAAGACAUCGUUGGCCAAGAAAUUGAAAAAAUAA